GGUCAACUUCGAGCUUUUAUCUAACAUGGCUGCACUUGCUGCUGUACUACCACAACCGACUUUUGGCCCUGUAUCCGACGACGAGGAAGAGAUUCAACAAACUCCUUCUCAGUCACUAGUUACUAGAAUCUCAAUACCUCCUUACGGACAGCGUGUGGGAUGGAGGCCAAAGGGUCCUGAGGAUUUUGGCGACGGAGGCGCCUAUCCUGAGUGUCAUGUUGCUCAAUAUCCUUUGGAAAUGGGCAAGAAGAAGACUGCUGCAGGCAAUACACUUGCUCUUCAAGUGGAUGGCGAAGGCAAUGUCCGCUACGAUGCCAUUGCUCACCAAGGCCAGCGUUCGUCGAAGAUAAUACAGUCGCAGUUUAAGGACUUGGUACCCCUUUCCCACCGAAAAGAUCUUGACGAGUCUGCUCGUGAAAUGGAGCGUCCUUCCGAAGACGAGGUCCAGGCUACCGCAGACAAGACUCGCGCAGCCCUUGAAAAACUUGUUAACGGCAAAAUUAAGGCAGCCCAGCCAAAAAAUGUACCAGACGGUCAAGGGAAAACGUCAUAUAUACGAUAUACACCUGGGCAGCAAAAUGGCGAAGUUGGGCUCAAACAGCGAAUCAUCAAGAUGUCAGAAGUUGUAGAGGAUCCACUCGAACCACCACGAUUCAAACAUAAAAAAAUUCCUAGAGGUCCACCUAGUCCUCCACCGCCCGUUCUUCGUAGUCCACCAAGGAAAGCAACCGCCGCUGAACAGAAAGAGUGGAUGAUACCUCCUUGUAUAUCGAAUUGGAAGAACAAUAAGGGUUUCACUAUUCCUUUGGAUAAGCGUCUUGCAGCCGAUGGAAGAGGACUCCAAGAUGUACAUAUCAAUGAUAACUUUGCUAAGUUUUCGGAAGCUUUAUUCAUAGCAGAUCGUCAUGCUCGUGAAGAAGUACGGCAACGAGCUCUUAUGCAACAGAAACUGGCGCAAAAGGAAAAAGCUUCGAAGGAGGAGAAUCUCCGUAUGCUCGCACAGCGUGCCCGCGAAGAGCGAAGUGGUAUUGCUCCACCCAAACCUACGGCUGAAUCUCGUGCGGCUGUAGCAUCGGCCUUAGGUGGAUACGGUAGCGGCAGCGAGAGCGGUAGUGAAGAGGAAGAGGAGGCAGGAGGCAGUGAUGACGAGGAGGCUCGCAAGAUCCGAGAUGACAUGCGUGCAGAGAAGCGACGUGAACGUGAGCGAGAGAUGCGUAUGUCAAACAUGGGUGCAGAACAACGCGCGAAGCAGCUUGCACGACAACAGAAUCGUGAUAUCUCGGAAAAGAUUGCUCUCGGUCUCGCCAAGCCAACUAUGUCAAAGGAGUCUAUGCUUGACUCACGGUUAUUCAACCAAGAAUCGCUCAGUGGAUCGUUCGCAGACGAUGAGAGCUACAAUUUGUUCGAUCGGCCACUAUUCCAUGGUUCUAGUGCAGCCGCAGCAAUUUAUAAGGCACGAGGUAAUAUUACGGAGGGUAACGAGGAGUCGUUUGGAGGUGGCACUGAAGAAGGGAUUGGCAAGGCGAUGGAUAAUGAUCGGUUUGGACUGGGCCAGGCCAGAGUUGGGUUCGAGGGUGCGAAAGAUCAGGAGGUCAGGGAAGGACCCGUGCAGUUCGAAAAGGACACGGGUGAUGUCUUUGGUCUUGACAAAUUCUUGGAUGAAGCCAAGACAGGGAAGAAGAGAGGUCUGGAUACUGAAGUUGGUAGUUCCCGGAAGCGGCAACAACUGGAUAAGGCAAGCGAGUUGGAGUGAUAGUCUGUAUUCAUGCUGUAUUGUAUUUGUGAACAUUUUCUAGUGCCAUGACGGGUCCACUUAUGGUCCCUAGGUUACUCCG